AUGGCCGCUGUGAACAACUGGCUGGGAUUCUCCCUCUCCCAGCAAGAGCUCCCGCCCUCCGGCGCCGUCUCGGGUGACGUCUCGGGCGCCGACGUCUGCUUCAAUAUCCCCCAAGAUUGGAACAUGAGGGGAUCGGAGCUAUCUGCGCUGGUGUCGUCGGAGCCGAAGCUGGAGGACUUCCUCGGCGGCAUCUCCUACUCCGACCACCACCAUCACCAGCACAAGGCCACGGCCGGCAACAUGGUCGUUCCCGCAGGUAGCGGCAACGCCAGCGGCGCUAGCUACGCCAACUCCGGCGGCAGUAGCGUCGGCUAUCUGUACCACCCCAGCUCCGCCUCUCUCCAGUUCGCUGACUCCGUAAUGGUGGCCUCAUCCGCCGGCGUCCACCACAACGGCUCUGGCGUUAUGGACAACGCCACAGCCAACAAUAGCAAUGGUGGCGGCAUAGGGCUGUCCAUGAUCAAGAGCUGGUUGCGGAGCCAGCCGGCGCCAGCGCAGCAGAGGGUGGAGAUGGCGGCCGAGGGCGCGCAGGCGGCGGCGCAGGGGCUCUCUCUGUCCAUGAACAUGGCGGCAGGGAUGCCGCAACAUCUCAGCGGAGAGAGAGGCAUGUUGGAGAGCGUGUCCACGUCGACGCAGGGAGGGAUGGCUGCUCGGAAGGAAGACGCCAUCGGUGCCAGCAGCACUGGUUCCGGCGCCGUGGUAUCCGCAGGUGCUGAUAGCACAGGCGGCAGCGGUGGCACAGUGGUGGAGUUACCGGCAGCGAGGAAGUCGGCCGACACGUUUGGGCAGCGGACCUCGAUUUAUCGUGGCGUCACCAGGCAUAGAUGGACCGGGAGAUAUGAGGCUCACUUGUGGGACAACAGCUGCAGAAGAGAAGGGCAAACUCGCAAGGGUCGUCAAGGUGGCUAUGACAAAGAGGAGAAAGCUGCUAGAGCUUAUGAUUUGGCUGCUCUCAAGUAUUGGGGUCCAACGACGACAACAAAUUUUCCUGUGAACAACUAUGAAAAGGAAUUAGAGGAGAUGAAGCACAUGACAAGGCAGGAGUUUGUGGCAUCUCUGCGAAGAAAGAGUAGUGGUUUUUCGAGAGGUGCCUCCAUUUACCGCGGAGUAACCAGACACCACCAACAUGGGAGAUGGCAAGCAAGGAUAGGGAGAGUUGCAGGGAACAAGGAUCUCUACCUAGGCACCUUCAGCACACAGGAGGAGGCAGCCGAGGCGUAUGACAUCGCGGCGAUCAAGUUCCGAGGUCUCAACGCCGUCACCAACUUUGACAUGACACGCUACGACGUCAAGAGCAUUCUGGACAGCAGUGCACUCCCCAUUGGCAGCGCCGCCAAGCGCCUUAAGGACGCAGAGACUGCGGCAGCCACAUCGGCGUCCCUCCAGCAGCAGCACGCCGGUGUGGUGAGCAGCUACGACAUCGGUGCACUUUCUGCUUACGGCGCAGCCUACCACCACCCUUCUGUGGCCGCCGCCUCAGCGUGGCCGACAAUCGCGUUCCAGGCGCCGCCCAUGCAGUCAUCCGGCGGACAGUACAUGUACCACCCCUACGCUGCCCAGGCGCAGCCGCUGCGCGGGUGGUGCAAGCCAGAGCCGGACCACGCGGUGAUUGCGGCCGCGCACAGCCUGCAGGAGCUCCACCACCUUAACCUUGGCGCCGGCGCUGGCGCCCACGACUUCUUCUCGCAGCAUGCCCAGGCAAUGGCGAUGCAGCAGCAUGGUGGCCUCAGCAGCAUUGACAACACCGGCGCCUCGCUUGAGCACAGCACAGGGUCUAACUCCGUCGUCUACAAUGGCACCGUCGAGAGCAAUGGUGGUGGGCCUGGCGGCAGCUACAUGCUGCCAACAGCGACAGCAAGCCACGAGCAGGCAGCGCUAGCCCAUGGACGCGUGGCGCAGGCUUAUAACAAUGGCAGCAUGAGAGAUCAAGACGACGGCAAGAUCGCCUACGAGAACUUCCUCCUGGGCACCACCGAGGCCUACGGCGGCGGGAGGAUGACAUCUGCUUGGACUCCGGCCUCUGCCCCACCAGCGACCAGCAGCAGCGACAUGAGCGGUGGCUGCAACGGCGCACAGCUCUUCAGCGUCUGGAACGAUACUAAUUAG